UCAAAAUUAAAAAGAACUUAAUUCCCUUUAAAUAAUGAACUUUAACCUGCAGCGUAGGGGAAAUGGAACGCACUCCGAUCUGAAUGACGAUGGAUUAUCGGACUUUGAUGAUUACUAUGAUGAAUACGAGGAGCACCCAUCGCAUCAUCACAAGCGUAAGAAACCCAAGCCACCAAAGAGAAAAAAACCUAAGCCCUCACACCACAAUAAACCACCAAAACCACCGAAGAAGAAGCACAAGCAGAAAAACAAACCUAGACCACAAACAGAUGAUUACAAGGACUUCUUUGAGGGCUAUCCGCGGCAGGACAAUGACCUCUCCUUGGCUCGACGUCGUCAGCAGGAAACGUUGCUUUCAAGGACCAAGUUCUAUGAGCUGCUUAGCCACAGAUUCGAACAACAUGGCUUCGGCAGUGGCGAACAAUGUUUGCUGCGUCUCAUCUGCGAAGCAAACAGCGCCGAGUUGGGCAACCACAAUGGAGUCCUGGGCAGCCUCAUUCAUGUGAUGUUCAGUCCCAGCAGUUCCCAGUACGAGGCGUUGCCCCAAAGCUACUACACGGCCGAGUUGAAGGGAAAACAGGACGACUGUACAGGAUAUCAUAGGAAAUGUGAACGAAGUUUGCUCAGUUUAAUAACACGCCCCUUGGCCGAUUAUAUAGGAAAUAAACCUGAAGAAAUUUAAACCUUUA